GAUUAUUCCGCGUUUAGCGCCUUUGAUUGGACCGCCCGGCUCGGUUUCCUGUUUGAUGUUUCGGGGCCGAUUUUUGAGUCUGCUCUGUAAAUUUCAGCAACUUGCCUGUUCGAGCGGCAGUCUUCGCCUCCUGUCAGCGUCCUGUUGUAGACCUGGUGCACAAUGGACGGAGAGCAGCACUGAGGAGGAGCAUCCAUGCUUCCCGGAGAUUAUUUGUAGAAGUGGACUUGCUCCUUGCCUGGCUUCAGGGUAAACUAAUAGACUUUUUGAUACAGUGGUAACUAAGGGCUCGGACAAUUAGGCUACUGGACAGCGCGGAGUACGAGGAGAAAAGGGGACACUGCAGCUGUUCUGUUAGAGGCAGAGGAUGGGGAGCCGGGGGCACUACCGGUACCACUGGCAGAGCCACAAUGUCAAACACAGCGGAGUGGACGACAUGGUGCUGCUCAGCAAGAUCAAUGAGGACGCCAUCGUGGACAACCUCAAGAAGAGAUACAUGGAUGACUACAUCUUUACAUACAUCGGCCCCGUGCUGAUCUCUGUCAACCCUUUCAAGCAGAUGCCCUACUUUGGCGAGAAAGAAGUGGAGAUGUAUCAGGGCGCAGCUCAGUAUGAAAACCCUCCACACAUCUAUGCUCUGGCAGAUAACAUGUACAGAAACAUGAUGAUUGACCGAGAGAACCAGUGUGUCAUCAUCAGCGGGGAGAGCGGUGCAGGGAAGACCGUGGCUGCCAAAUAUAUCAUGAGCUACAUCUCCAGAGUGUCAGGAGGCGGGCCCAGAGUACAGCACGUCAAAGACAUCAUCCUGCAGUCCAACCCCUUGUUGGAGGCCUUCGGCAACGCCAAGACCGUGCGGAACAACAACUCCAGCAGAUUUGGAAAAUACUUUGAGAUCCAGUUCAGCUCUGGUGGUGAACCAGACGGAGGGAAAAUCUCCAACUUCCUGCUGGAAAAGUCACGUGUCGUCAUGCGAAAUCCUGGAGAAAGGAGUUUCCAUAUAUUCUACCAGUUGAUAGAAGGAGCGAGCGGGGAGCAGAAGAGCAGCCUGGGAAUCACAAGCCUGGAUUACUACAGUUACCUCAAUCAGUCCGGUUCCUACAAAGUGGACGACAUCAACGACAAGAGCGAGUUUCAGGAGACACUGCAUGCCAUGGAUGUGAUUGGCAUCUCAGGGGAGGACCGCACCCUGGUCCUUCAGAUUGUGGCUGGAGUCCUACACCUCGGAAAUAUCAAUUUCAAGGAGGCAGGGAACUACGCCGCCGUGGAGAGUGAAGAGUUUCUAGCCUUCCCUGCAUUUCUGCUGGGAAUUGACCAGAAGCGUCUGAAAGAGAAACUCACCAGCCGUGAGAUGGCCAGCAAGUGGGGAAGCGCAUUGGAAUCCAUCGACGUGACACUGAACGUGGAGCAGGCGUGUUACACACGUGACGCCCUCUCCAAGGCACUGCAUGCACGUGUGUUUGACUACCUAGUAGAGUCUAUCAACAAAGCCAUGGUGAAGGACCAUCAGGAAUUAAAUAUCGGAGUGCUGGACAUUUAUGGAUUUGAAAUUUUCCAAAAAAAUGGUUUUGAACAGUUCUGCAUCAACUUUGUGAACGAGAAGCUCCAGCAGAUAUUUAUCGAGCUGACUCUGAAGGCGGAGCAGGAGGAGUACGUACAGGAGGGCAUUAAGUGGAGCGCAAUCGAAUACUUCAACAACAAGAUUGUCUGUGAUCUCAUUGAGAGCAAAGUGAACCCUCCUGGCAUCAUGAGCAUCCUGGAUGAUGUGUGUGCCACCAUGCAUGCAGUCGGGGAGGGAGCCGACCAGACCAUGCUGCAGAAGCUCCGUGUCCAGAUCAACAACCACGAACACUUCAACAGCUGGAACCAAGGCUUCAUCAUCCACCACUACGCAGGCAAGGUGUCCUACGACGCAGAGGGUUUCUGUGAGAGGAACCGCGAUGUCCUUUUUACUGACCUCAUUGAGCUGAUGCAGAGCAGCGAAAUCGCUUUCAUCAGAGCACUGUUUCCAGAGAACCUCAACGCUGAAAAGAAGGGUCGACCUACAACCGCAGGCAGCAAAAUAAAGAAACAAGCCAAUGACUUGGUGAGCACACUGAUGAAAUGCACCCCACACUACAUUCGGUGCAUCAAACCCAAUGAAACCAAGAAGCCCAAAGACUGGGAAGAGAGCCGAGUAAAGCACCAAGUGGAGUACCUGGGUCUGAAGGAGAACAUCAGGGUGAGGCGUGCUGGCUACGCCUACCGCAGAGUCUUCAGGAAGUUCCUCAACAGGUACGCCAUCCUGACCAAAGAGUCCUGGCCAACAUGGCGGGGAGACGAGAAACAAGGUGUCCUUCAUCUCUUACGCUCUGUUAACAUGGACCAGGAUCAGUUCCAGCUUGGCCGCACCAAGAUCUUCAUUAAGGCCCCUGAGUCGCUCUUUCUAUUGGAAGAGACAAGGGAGCGCAAGUUUGAUGGCUACGCCAGGACUAUCCAGAAAGCCUGGAGGAAGUAUGUGGCCCGUAAGAAGUAUGUCCAGAUGAGGGAAGAAGCUUCUGACCUCCUGCUGAACCGCAAAGAGAGACGGCGACACAGCCUGAACAGAAACUUUGUGGGCGAUUACCUGGGCAUGGACGACAGGCCUGAGCUCCGGCAGUUUCUGGGCAAGAGAGAAAAGAUCGACUUUGCGGACAAAGUCACAAAAUAUGACCGUCGCUUCAAGGGAAUUAAGAGAGACUUGAUCCUGACCCCAAAGUGUGUCUACCUGAUUGGGAGAGAAAAGGUGAAACAGGGACCAGAGAAAGGGCAGGUGACCGAGGUGCUGAAGAGGCGGAUCGAGGUGGAAAAGAUCUUGGCGGUGUCUCUCAGUACAAUGCAGGACGACCUCAUGAUCCUGCACGAGCAGGAGUACGACAGCCUGCUGGAGUGUGUCUUCAAGACAGAGUUCAUCAGCCUACUGGCCCGCAGGUUUGAGGAGAAGACCCAGAGGAAGCUACCACUCAAGUUUAGUAACACACUGGAGCUGAAGCUGAAGAAGGAGAACUGGGGCUUCCUGAGUGCAGGUGGAUCUCGGCAGGUUAUGUUUGUCCAGGGUCAGGGUGACGUCGCUGUGCUGAAGCCCUCGAGUAAAACUCUGCAGGUCAGCAUCGGCCCGGGACUUCCAAAGAAUACACGCCCCACCAGGAAGAGCUUCACGCAGGGCUCCCGCUCCAACCAUUCCAGAACCCACCAGCACAUCCCGUCUCGGGCGGCACCAGGACCCCCAGUCGCCCACCAGAAUGGCGGACUGAAAAACACCAACCACAUAGCCAAUCAGAGGAACUCCUCACAGCACGCCAACCAGAGGCCUCCGUCGUCGGGCAGCACAAACCGGCCUUUCCUGCCCAGCAACAUCAGCCAGGUGAAGGAGCGAGGCAGCAACAGGCCGCAGCCCAACCUCGACUGCCUCAAAGUGCCUGAACAAGGAGCUGCGGGUAAUGGAGGCAGACGGCCAGCUUCAAAUGGAGGAAUAGCCCACAGACCAUCAGCCAGCAGGCCUCCCCCAGGAGGAGGGCGACCCAAACCUGCACCCAAACCCAAACCCCAGGUGCCACAGUGCAAAGCCUUGUACGCCUAUGACGCCCAGGACACAGAUGAGCUCAGCUUCAACGCUGAUGACAUUAUCGACAUUAUCAAGGAGGAUGCGUCCGGCUGGUGGACGGGACGACUUCGUGGAAAGCAGGGACUUUUCCCCAACAACUAUGUCACCAAGAUCUAGGAGCUGCUGGCUGGUUUGUAUAGCCCAGUGAAGAGAGCCUGCGUCCCUCCUGAGUGUCCCAGAGGAGCGGACGGAGCUGACAGUCAGCAGAGCACAGCGACAACCAUCGUGAGAUUCCUCAUGGAGAGAAACUCACAUUUUCUGCACUACCACAAUGUAGUGACUGAAUGUAGCUUUUGGUCACACCAGACCAGAAGAACGUCAGGCUUGAAAUGAGGCUCUGCUUUGAAGACAAAAAACAAACAAACAAACAAAAAAAACAGCAACAACAAAAAAACCUUUUUGACCCCAGGGUCUGUUUUUCCUCCACAGUCCCUUUGAGUACUGAACAAAAACUAUUUAUUGUAUUUAUAGCUUUCUGUGUUCUCUUUACUGUCAUUUUCAUCUUGCUGAGGUUUUGAUCUCAACUAUUUUGAAGCAUUGAUAUGAAGUAUGCAUCUUCUGUGGGACCAGGCUGUGACUUUUUUUUUUUAUUUGCAUCGUGUCAUUUAGGAUGAAGGUUUGAUUACUGAAUCAAAAUAGUCUGUCAACAAGUCACUGUCUCAUUGUUGCAAAUUGAAUUGAUGCUAUUUACCAGGAAUAUUUAUUUUGACACAAAACAAAACCCAUUACAGGGAACGGACAUUCAGGCAAUUCAGUGCACUGUGAUUUUAUGCUCUUUUAAUUUGAAAAUGUAUACCAUAAUGGCAUGGUUUUUAAUUAGCAAAAUAAAUUAAAUUCUGAUAGGUCUGGUCUACAAAAGCGAUCACAAAAGACGGUUAGACAAGAAAACAGUCAGCUGAUGAAUCUGUAGGAUGCCACCUCCCUCCCCCCCUCGCGUUUCCAUGUUUUUCUGUCCCACCAGUGUAUCUAAGUCGUAAAGUAAAAGCCACAUAUACUGUAUUCUGAGCAAGCCGUCUGUGGUUUAUUAGCACUUUAUUGGUACAGGUACUACCUUGGACACAGACACCAUCACUUGUUCACGCCACAGCCAGUAAAUCAAUUUUAUGAAGGACAGAUUGCCAAACUAGCAAUAAGCCUAGUUACUGAAGAGAAUAAUUUGUUUACAUGGAAUUAUAAUAGGCAUUUUAGAUCUAAUAAUGUAUAUCUGUUGAUAUAUAGGAGUACAUCUGUUGUUGGUUGAAAUUUAAAUUAAUUUUUUAGUGUAUUUUCUCUUAAGGAUCUUGGUAUUCAAUUUUUUUUCUCUGCUUUUGAUACUCGAAGGGCUGUUUUGUUUUAAGCUCGGUUACAGAUGAAUAAUGUUGGUUAUCCCAGACUAGGAUGAGAGGAUUUGUGUUUAUCAAGCGCAACAUUGUUACAGGUGAAAGAAAAGAAUCUCUUUGUUGAUGUUUCUCCAACAGCACUACAAAGAAUUUCCUUUUGCUUUUGCUCUCUACUCCCUCUAUACAUCUAUUGCACUGCUUUCGCAUUACUUACACAUUCCUUAGUCAUUUUAUUUUUUACCAAAUAACCACAUUACGCUCUAGUCAUUAAAACUGCUGGGACUUCUGUUGUAGAUCUUCAGCGUCAUCAAAGAUAGUUUGAUCCUGGAUGAGUGAAGACAUCCUUGUGCAAUAUAAAAACAGAGGAUAAGAGUCUUUUAAUAAAGCAUGUAAAAUUGUAAA